UUAUAAAAGUUUCCGUCACCAGUCAAAAAACUCAAUAAAUUUUACAAUAAUAAUGUAACUAAAUACCUUUAAAUCAAUAAACUUUUACAACAAACUAAACAACAAUUUUGCAAAUUUAAAUUUAAAACUCCCUCACAAUGUCAUCAACUGGAACCAAACCGAUGAAGUCAUACGAUUCCUUUCCCGGCAAAUACGCUCAGCUGUCCCCAGCCGUGGAGGCGAAAUUCGACCAGCUCAAAGAGGAGAUCACUACCCGUAUCGACCAGGAGAUCAGCGACUCCACAAACGCCAGAGAGUUCAUAGGGCAGAAGUAUAUAGAGCUAUGUGAGAAAAUUGAGGUUUUGAGUGACCUGGAUAAGACUGUGUCCAGUUUCCGGAGUGAUAUAAAAGCUAUGGAACGGCAGUUAUUGAUGCUACAGACCAGGAUUGAUGGCUUGGAGAGUAAGGUGCUGAGUAAGGAGCGUCCGUCGGUGACUUCCGCCUUGUUUGGAGCUACGGGCUGAUGAUGAUGGUGGUUAGAGGAGAUGGCGGUGUGUGGUGGUGAUCAUUUACGUUUCAUUGUUAAAUUCUUGUGUGUAAUUGUGUUAUUUCACGGACCAAAUUAAUUGUGAAUGAUUUUGCUUAUUAUUCGUUAAAAUUAAACAUCUGAAAAAUA